AUGGAGGUUGCGCCGACAACCCAAUCGCAAGCGCCCACGAACUUCGCCAAUCUGGACUUUGAAGCCCGUGUCCCGGUCCCUUUCAGCGUCUUCCCGUCAUCGUACAGGGAGUCCGAGACCGCCACCCAAACCCACGUUCACGAAGAGGUUGAGAUCAAACUCCCCCAGCUCGCCGGACGGGAAGGUCAACACUCUUCACUCCCACCCCAAGCACAUCUUCCUCCCGCCGGAGAGGAUCGCUUUAAAGAAGAAGAGGUCCGCAUCACUCACGAGGAGCCACACCGCCGUCCCGGUACCCACAAGGAGUUUGUUUACCGCGAGGAGCACCACCACCACCACAAACCUCAGAAGUCCUACUCCGAGUCUCGCAUCGAGUUCGAUAACAAGCAGCACCGCCCUCACUCUGUCAUCGACGUUGCCGAGAGCGAGUAUCGUUCCCGCAUCCAAGCCAACUACCACAAGGAACCUAGCGUAGUCGGCUCUACCGUCGACAGCUCCCGCUUCGGACACAGCCACAAGGCCCACAGCCACGUCGACGACUACACAGUUGACGUCCCUGUCACCAGCCCCGCCUACAAAGAGUCCGUCUACGUCACCGGUACCACCGUUGACGCACCUGCUCCUCGCUCUACCUACAAGAGCCAGGUAAACAUCGUCGAAGAGACCGUAGACACUCCCCGUCACGACACUCAAUCCAAGAUGGGUUACUACGACGAGGACGGCCACUACCACUCCUUCCGUCACGGAUUGCACAAGUUAGCUGACCGCAUUGCCCACCCUGAAGGCCAUGACCGCGUUGAGGCCGAUGUUCAGGCCCGCCGCCCCCGUGGCGCAUCGUCGGAGGUCUCCCAGAACCCCAACACGGUGACCAUCCCCUGCCACCACAUCCGCCUCGGCGACAUCCUCAUCCUCCAGAGCCGCCCCUGCCAGGUCAUCCGCAUCUCGACCUCGGCUGCCACUGGCCAGCACCGCUACCUUGGUGUCGACCUCUUCACCAAGCAGCUCCAUGAGGAGUCGUCGUUCGUCUCUAACCCGGCCCCCAGCGUCGUCGUCCAGACCAUGGUCGGCCCGGUCUUCAAGCAGUACCGCGUCCUCGACAUGCAGGAUGGCGCCAUCGUCGCCAUGACCGAGACUGGCGAUGUCAAGCAGAACCUGCCCGUCAUUGACCAGAGCAGCCUCUGGGGCCGCCUCCAGAAGGCCUUUGAGUCCGGCCGCGGCAGCGUCCGUGUCCUGGUCGUCACUGACAACGGCCGCGAGAUGGCCGUCGACAUGAAGGUCGUCCACGGCUCGCGCCUCUAA